AUGCGCAACCUUUUUAAAAGCAAGUCGCCUUCGAAUCGGACAAGUCAUCAUUCCAUGCGCAGCGCCGAACAGUUGGCCCGCCCCGCGUUUGCUCCACCGGACCCCAACAUAACCGAUUCAGACCGGCGCUUUUCACAAUACGAGUACUCUGGUCCUGUACAGAAUCAGCCUCAGACAUUAAAUCGGUCACAAAGUCAGCGUCAAAAACCUUUGCGUGACCGACCGACCGUCAACGUUGUCGCCCCUGACGACUCGCAUCGCAAAACGGGCCGUGUCGAGCGCAGCGUCUCUGUGAAGGGCAAACCAAUCUCCCUUCCCAUCUCACAACCCACCUCACCUGGGAUUCUACAUCCAGGGACCCUGGACGAGUCCGACGAGUUUCAGCCACAUCUCCGGCAUUCCUACGCGGAGAACCCCUCACCUGUGGCACCGCAAUCUCUCGCCUACCAACAACAAUACCAAGCUCAACGAGCUCCCCUACCUUCCCAUCCUGCUCACGCCCAAGACAACCCCGAGUGGUCACAACAACCUGUGCAACCGCUUUAUACCAAACUUCAGCGGUCCAACACCGACCCAACCCUGCUUGAACAGUACGUCCGACCAUCGCCGACCGAUAUUGUCCCCGAGUCACCACGAUACGCGUCGGAACAUCAUCAUCGGGGACAGGCUUUCCCCCCUGCCCAGGAUCCGGUAUUGAAUACCCGGCCCCCAUCCCAGCAGACUCACGAGCCGCUUUCCCCGUUACAGUCCCUUUAUCCUGACGCCAUGCAGUCUUCCGCGCAGGUAUCACAAAACCAGGGUCAAUUUCAUCAAUUGGACAGACAAAAGUCCGCAGGUUCUCCGCAGCAGAACCGGAGUCGGCAGGGUAGUGUGUCAAACAACAUGCCUGAUCCCGGACGGAGCACACCCACCAAUACACACCGCCGCGAGGAUUCCGGGGAAGUGGACGUGCGGGCAUUGAUCCAGAAGCAUGAUGAGCUCCAGGCCAAGUAUUCCAAGGUGAAACGAUACUACUUUGAGAAAGAUGCGCAGGUUCAGCAUCUUCAGAACACGGUAGCACACCAACGGAUGGCGGUGUCACGUACCGUACUUGACGAUAAUGAAUAUACCAACCGAUUCCAGCGACUUGACGGAGCGAUUAAAGACCUAGCAUUCUCCGUGCGCAAAUAUUGGCGCAGUAUUCCAUCGUGGCUGAAUGGAAUGGUCACCGACGAUGCUUUAUCGGUGGGCAUGAAAGAAAUGACCGCGGUCGGACGGGCGGUAAUCAGCCGAUGGCUAGUAGAAGAAGUAUUCCAGCGUUAUUUCCAUCCAUCCUUGGAUCCAGCAUUCAGCGUGCAACUGAAAAAUAUCGAAAUGAACCUGCGACGGCAGCGACCGUCAUCCGACGAAGACCGCGAGAACGCCUCCGCCAGACUCUCCUACUGGCGCCGCACGACCUUCGACGGACUAAGUGAUUCCUUAGUCGGACCUGAUGCCCAAGAACAUCGCGUUGAGCUAGUCGAGCAUUUAAUAGUGGAACUUGCUGCCUUCAUGGGGUCUCAGCUGCACGAAAUCGCGUCGCCAGGGCUAGAAGCAAGCGUGCGCAUGAUCAUUGAGAACUCAAUCAACAUCAUAGAGAAAAUCCCCCUUGAAGCCCGCGAUGUCUGCGUCGAUUACUUCCCACCGGGCAUUUCCCUCGCCGAGCAAUAUAUGAAGGUCGAAGGCCAACUACCCGCACUGAGUCACCCACCCCCACCACCCUCAGACCAAGAGCAGCCUGAGGAGCCUGCCGCGGCAGAGGGGGAUGCCUCAUCCGGCCCAACCGCUGGAGUGAUAGAGAACCCCUCACCGGCACAGCAAAAGCCCUCGAAGAAGUCCAUCUUUGGCGCGUUGAUAAGCCGCAAGCAUGCCUCCAACGAGAUGAGUCGUCCGGCGCCGGCGCCGGGACCAGCCGAAGACAAGAGUGAGCCUGCAGAUGUAGCUCCGAGCAACCCGCGCAUCCGGUUCGCAGCGUUCUUGGCCGUCGAAGUACGCGGUAAGGGUCCUCCAACGGUGCUGAUCAAGUCGCCUGUGUGGCUGGUGGAAUAA